AUGCUGCCCGAGGAGCGCAAGGAGGGCUCGCCCCGCUUCGGGAAGCUGCACUUCCCCGUGGGGCUCUGGAUCAACUCCCCCAAGAAGCGCCUGGCCAAGAUGAGCCGCCGCUGGCCCAGCGCCGGCUCCGUCCGCUCCACCUCCUCGGACACGCCCAGCCGCGCCAGCGACCCCGCGGACCCCCGCCCCUCCUGCUCCUCCUCGGCGCCCCCUGCCAAGGCGAAGCCCCCCCGCCACAAGCGCCUGUCCCACCUCUUCCACCGCACCAGUACCACCAGUAACACCAGUAACACCACCAGUAACACCAGUGCCACGCGCUGGGCCAGCGAGAAGAAGCUGGCCGAGCUGCGCGACCCCGGCCCGGCGGCGGCGGGCGCGGGGGGCUCGGGCAGCCCCCCGAGCAUCCUCAAGAUCUUCGGCGGGGCCAUCUCGCGCGGCGCCAACUACAAGAGCGUGCUGGCCACGCCGCGCUGCAGCGCGCGGCAGCUCGUGCGCCAGGCGCUCGAGCGCUAUGGGCUCAAUCCGCAGGAUUUCGGGCAAUUCGCGCUCUGCGACGUCGUGGGCAGGCCCGCGGGGGGCGCGGGGGGCGCCUGGCAGGGCGAGCACUUCAGGGAGGUGGGCGAGUGGGAGCGGCCGCUGCUCCUGCAGGAGCUGUGGCGGCCCAAGGCCGGCUGGUCGCGGCGCUUCGAGAUCCGGCGGAGGCAGGAGCUGGAGAGGGCGGGGGGCGACGGGGACGGGGACAGCGGGGCUGGGAAAACUGGGGUUUGUGAAUCCUUCAGGCCCCACACCCCCCCCGCGACCCCCGGCGGCGCCCCCGGGCCCGGCGCGCCCAGCCUGGAGCUGCUGGCCGAGAGCCUGAUCCAGCCCCCGCAGGACCGGCCCUACUUCCUGCUGCUGCGGGGCUACGGCAAACAGGACUUCGUCCUUCACAUCAUGACCCGCCCCCAGCACAUCUUCGGCCGCCCCCCGGAGCCCAAACCCCCCUCGGGGGCCGGGGGCUGCGCGGAGCCCCCCGCCGCGGACAGCCCCGAGCCCCCUCCCCAAAAGGCGCCGGAGCCGGGGCCCCUCUGGGUGGUCGACACCUUCCUGAGCGCCCCCGACAUCCUGCCCCGCCACUGCCUGGUGCAGUGGGGAGGGGGCGACGCCGCCCCUGGGGAGGGGGCCGACCCCCCGCCGCCCCCCCCGGCCUGGGUGCGACCCUUCCGGGGCGCCCCCACCUCGCUGAACGGGACCCCCCUGCACCGCCGAGCCCCCCUGAGCCCCGGCGACCUGCUGGGGCUGGGCGAGCACGUGCUGCUGCUCUACAAGGACCCCCGGCUCGGGGAGGGGGCGCGCCCCGCCUGGCUGCCGCCCCCGCGGGGGGCUCUGGGGGUCCUGGGGUGCGCGGGGUGCGGGAGGAGCCCCCGGCAGCGGCGGGAGGAGCUGCGGGGGGCUCUGGAGACCCCCAGGGCCGAGCUGCGCUACCGGCCCCAGGAGGAGGGCGCGCUGCUCCGGGAGAUCCUGGGCCUGGAGCUGGGCAGGGGGCUCCGCGGGGGUCCUGGGGAGGGGGCUCCCGGCGGGGAGGGGGCUGCCGGCGGGGAGGAUCUGGGGGCGCUGGCCCCCGCCUUCCUGCUGGGGCUGUGCCUGGAGCACGCGGCCCGAGAGUUCCCCCAGGGACACCUGCCCGAGCUGCUGGGGACGGUGGCGGCCAUGCUGCGGGACACGGUCUGGGUGAGCCCGGGGACACUGGGGACACUGGGGGGAUUGGGGGGACACUGGGGACAUCGGGGGGAUUGGGGACACCCAGGGGGAUUGGGGACAUCCCCCUAAAACCCUCACGGGGACCCCCCCCCCGAGCUGGACCUGGCCGGGGUCACGUCGGACCUGCGGCCGCUGCUGCUGUGGCUGGCCAACGCCGUGGAGCUGCUCAACCUGGCCCAGGGCCACCUGCAGCGCCUGGAGGCCGAGCUCGACCUCGAAGGGCCGUGCCCCGAGCUGGAGCAGGACCUGGAGAGCUGCGACGAGGCCCUGGGGGUGCUGGACGAGGUGAUCAUGUCCACGUUCCAGCAGAGCGUCUACUACCUGACCAAGGUGGGCCAAA